UGGUGGCGGUAAUGCACCAUAUAGUUGUUUGCCAACCGCCAUAAAUAUUUAAGAAGAAGAAGAAGAAGAAGGAAAAAAAAACGCUAACCGGACGGACGUUAAAACACAGAUCGUUACUGAAACAUGGCGGUCAAGUCGGGAGAGGAGCGGCUGAAGGAGAUGGAGGCUGAGAUGGCUCUUUUUGAGCAGGAGGUUCUUGGUGGGUCGAUACCAGUAUCAGGAAGUCCUCCUCUCAUCGAGCCUCUACCAGUAGCCUUGGCUGUCCCAGCGGUGCCGAUGGUUCGACCCAUUAUAGGGACCAACACCUACAGACAGGUCCAGCAGACAUUAGAGGCCAGAGCAGCUAGUUUUGUUGGUCCUCCACCACCGGCGUUUGUGGGACCAGUUCCUCCAGUUCGUCCUCCUCCACCUCCCAUCAUGAGACCAGCCUUUGUCCCACAUAUUCUACAGAGACCAGGUGGUCAGAGAAUGCCAGUGAUGCGAGGUCCUCCAGUAGCACCUCCUAUGCCACGCCCUCCUCCACCACCCCCCAUGAUGGUUCCUCCAACAAUGCAGGGCCCAAUACCUCAGGGGUCUGCACCGCCCAUUCAGCACAUGUCAGCUGUGCCUCGGGUCAGAGUUCAAGUUGGUGAUAUGGUCACUGUCCCAAUGGUACCCGCUCCUCCUCCAAGACCAGUAAACCCGUCUUUGGUCAAACCAACACCAUCAAUCAUCCAGGCAGCACCAACUGUGUACACGGCUCCUCCAGUCUCUGUUGUCCAGAGAAAACCUGAUGUUCAGGCCCAGAGACAAGCCAGAAUGGAAGAACUCGCAGCAAGAGUGGCGAAGCAGCAGGCUGCCGUAAUGGCAGCAGGUCUGCUUGACAAGAAGGAGAGUGAUGAGAGCAGCUCUGUCAUUGGCCCAAGCAUGCCAGAGCCAGAACCCACACACACUGAAGUGACACCCAUGGAAAGUGUUACAGAGGACAAAAAAAAAGCAAGAAGUGAAAAGGUGAAGAAGUGCAUCCGUAUUGCUGCAGGAACAACCUGGGAGGACCCCAGUCUUUUGGAGUGGGAGUCAGAUGAUUUCCGUAUAUUCUGUGGAGAUCUUGGUAAUGAGGUCAAUGAUGACAUCCUAGCCAGAGCCUUCAGCAGAUACCCAUCUUUCCUCAAAGCAAAAGUUGUCAGGGAUAAACGGACUGGAAAAACAAAAGGCUACGGCUUCGUCAGCUUUAAAGAUCCAAAUGACUAUGUUAGAGCCAUGAGAGAAAUGAACGGGAAGUAUGUUGGAAGUCGUCCUAUCAAACUGAGGAAAAGUAUGUGGAAAGACCGCAAUAUUGAUGUGGUCCGGAAGAAACAGAAAGAGAAGAAGAAGCUUGGCCUCAGAUAGUGUGUGUGUGUGUGUGUGUGUGUGUGUGUGUGUGGGGAGGGGGGGUGGUGGUGGCUGUGUGUCAGUACAGGUUAGGGUUAGAGUGGCUCAAAAAGGAAAUCUCUCUCAUUCUUUGUGGAGCAACUGUAUGACUUGCUGAUUGUUUUAAGCGCUCAAAUAAAGCUGUUGUUGUCUUCA